AAACUGCGCAGCGAGUUCGCAUACCUUAACGAUCUCGUGACAGUAGGGCUUUAAAACCAAAACAAUGCCUGAACCUGCGAAAUCAGCCCCUGCUCCCAAAAAGGGAUCGAAAAAGGCCGUCACCAAGACCCAGAAGAAAGGGGACAAGAAAAGACGCAAGACCAGGAAAGAGAGUUACGCCAUUUACGUGUACAAAGUACUGAAACAGGUCCACCCUGACACUGGCAUCUCGUCAAAGGCGAUGGGCAUCAUGAACUCGUUUGUUAACGACAUCUUCGAGCGCAUAGCCGGGGAAGCGUCGCGUCUCGCGCACUACAACAAGCGCUCCACCAUCACCUCCCGCGAAAUCCAGACCGCCGUGCGCCUGCUGCUGCCGGGAGAGCUGGCCAAACACGCCGUGUCCGAGGGCACAAAGGCUGUGACCAAAUACACCAGCUCCAAGUGAAUGUGGACAACAAGAAAGACGGACUGUAAAAUAGAGUCGGGUGUCUUCUGGGCUCUGUCUGUCCUUUUGAGGGGUGGAAUAUCAAAACCAUCCUGUUGUUUGAUAUCCGCAUGAACUCUGGUACCUCUUGAGCGAAAUGCAGCUGUGGAUGAGCUAAAAAAAUACACAAUGUGCUCUCCAUCUGUAAAUCCAACAUUUACCUGAGGUUGUUCCUCUUUGUAUUUGCACGUGUGAACAUUUGUACUGUACCAUUAUGGCAUACGGCUUGUCAUUUGUUAACUAACGUUGCAGUAACCUCAAGUUGCCGGGGGAAAAUACUAUAUGUGGUUUUGGUUAAUACAGAUUUUUUUUGUGAAUAAUUGCUGCACUGUAUUCAUAUUGAAGCAAUGUCUAAUGCCUGAAUGUUUCUUCGCAAUUACCCUGUCCAAUAAACUCAUUGGUUAAUUGUAA